CAUAGUGGAAGUGAAGAAGGAGCGAGAUCUCCAUUUACUGGCUCAAUCCUCCGGAGUUUCUCGAGGAGGAAUUGGUCGCCACAGCAAUUCGACAUGGCUUGGCGUGACCCACACAGGGUUCGGAAGCUUCGCUUCUCAAUUACUUGGGUGAACACAGUCAAAUAUUUUAUGAGUUUUGGGGCUUGGCUAACGACGGCCACUCAUAUCUUGAAUAGGUUGCGCUCUGGCUUGUUGUUAGACUACAGGACUUGGGUUAUGAGGAUAGACGGGGUGGAUAGAUGUUUAGGCGAAAUGGGGCCGUUGCUGGCUAGGCAGACAUGACAUCCUUGUAUAUGGGAAUGUGGGCACAUGUAGGUUUUGCAUAGGGUUGAGAAGCAGUUACGCCACGCCAUACAUGGUUGUAUAGUCAGCGUCAU